AUGGUGCUGCCACCGCCUGACAAGCGCCAUGUCUGUUUGACCACCAUCGUCAUCAUGACCAGCAUGGCCUUCAUGGACGCAUACCUGGUGGAGCAGAACCAGGGGCCCCGCAAGAUUGGUGUCUGCAUCAUCGUGCUGGUGGGGGACAUCUGCUUCCUCAUUGUGCUGCGCUACGUGGCGGUGUGGGUGGGGGCAGAGGUGAAGACGGCCAAGCGGGGCUAUGCCAUGAUACUGUGGUUCCUCUACAUCUUCGUGCUGGAGAUCAAGCUGUAUUUCAUCUUUCAGAAUUAUAAAGCAGACAAGAAGAACCUGGAGACAGUGGCCAGGAAAGCCCUGACGCUACUCCUCUCCAUCUGUGUGCCCGGGCUCUACCUAGUGCUGGUGGCCUUGGACAGCAUGGAGUACAUACGGACCUUUCGGAAGAAAGAGGACUUGCGGGGACGCCUCUUCUGGGUGGCCCUUGACCUGCUGGAUAUCUUGGACAUCCAGGCCAACCUGUGGGAGCCACACAGGACCGGCCUGCCCAUCUGGGCAGAGGGGCUCAUGUUCUUCUACUGCUACAUACUCCUCCUGAUCCUGCCUUGCGUGUCCCUCAGUGAGAUCAGCAUGCAAGGGGAGCACAUUGCCCCGCAAAAAAUGAUGCUCUAUCCCGUCCUCAGCCUGGUCACCAUUAACAUUGUCACCAUCUUCAUCCGGGCUAUCAACAUGGUCUUGUUCCAGGACAGCAGGGUCUCUACCAUCUUUAUUGGCAAGAACAUCAUCGCGAUUGCCACCAAGGCAUGCACCUUCCUCGAGUACAAGCGGCAGGUGAAGGAGUUCCCCUGGAAGCUCCAGCAGAACUCCCUCUCCCACAACCAGAGCAUCCACAGCACACAGGGCAUCCCUCACGAGCCAUCACGCACGAGGGAGAUCCUUGACACAUGGCAGGUCAUCCCCAGCUGAGCAUUGGUUCAGAUAGCCCUGUGCCAAGCAGAGGAGGGAUACUGCUUUCUUGCUGCAUGGGGUGAGCAAGAGGGACAAAUCCCACCAGCAAGGGCUCUUCUAGGCACAAAACACCAACCAUGUUGUAAUUGAGCUAUGGAGUGUCCCCUAGACGUCUUCAUCUCAGGUAUAACCCUAGGAGUCCUCCAGAAAAACCAAAUGAACUUGCAAAGGACCUGAACCAGCUAACACUUUCUGUCCAUCCUUCCCACCACCAUUUCCCGUC